AUGUCGCUGCCGCCUGCCGCUUUCCGUCGCGUUGUCUCCAUUGCAGGUGCACGGGGCACCGGGAUAGGGACUGCAAGCGCGGUCGCUCGCCCACGCGCUCCCACCGGAACAGAGGCGCACCACGACGACGGCUGCUGCGGGAGGACCAGCGCCGUCCACCUUCGCCAUCCAGCACCGUCUCCGGCAGGUCGCGUUCCACGGGCCGGGACACCUCUGUCCCCCCCGGUCUGCAAGCCGCACUUCGGCUCUCCACGUCGCGAACCCCCGGACGCGGGGCAGGCGCGCCUGAUGACGAACCGGCCGUCGCCGCCGCCAUCGCCCCCCAGGCGGGCUUCGCCACCUUCGGGCCACCCCUCCACGCGCCCCGUCUCAGAGAUCGUCGUCAUCCCGCGGUCCGCGGCACUCAACGCGGUUGAGGAAGCGCUUUCUUCCCUCGCGCUGGUGGCCAUGGUUGGUGGCACCCGUCCACCGGUGUCAUCCGUGGACGUCCGCGCGCAGAUGGAGUCAUUCUACAACAUCUCGGCGAACGCGUUCACCGUCAGCCGGUACUCGCCGGAGGAUUUCCUGGCGUGCUUCAACAACCGGGGAGACCUGGAAGAGGUUGUCCAAGCACCGGUGCCGCUGGGGACACCCUUCUACCUCGUCUGGAAGCGAUGGCGCCGCCAAUCCAUGGCGUCCGCUGGUGCCAUGCGUUACAAGGUCCUUCUCGGACUGAAGGGAAUGCCGGCGCACACCUGGAGCACGGACACGGCUGAGCGUAUUUUGGGCAGCUCUUGCGCCCAGAUCGUCGAGGCGCCGCAGACUGCCGCUCGCGAUGAUCGGCGCGAAUUCUUCGUCGCAGCGUGGUGCAUCCACCCCAUGUUCAUCCCACAGCAGAAGAUCGUCGCCGUUUCGGAGCCUGACCUCCGCGCGCCCCAGGUCAUUCAGUCAGAGCUGCCGACACUGCGCUACCUGGUCCGCAUCAGGGUCGUCGAGGUACAAGAUUGGAAUGCGCCACCACCCUCUGACGACGAUGAGUCACCGGGGGACUCUGAUCGGCUCGACCAAGGCAAUCGGGGCAACACCUGGCCUCGCCGGUUUCGGUACGGCAACGCCGACGGCGAACCCUCCGGUGAAGCUCCGGACCCACAGCUGGGACCUGGUUGA